UGCGUGUGACAACGAGCGCGGAUCCGCUCGCGACGUAACACGCUCAGGAGCCGUCAACGUGUUUACCACCUGAACGGUGAGGAGACAACGGAGCGAGCCAAUGUCCUCCUUUACCGUUCAUCGCCCUCCUCGCGUGUCCAGAGCCGUGAUUGCCCAGACGGUGGAAGGGAAUCGGUGUGUGAAACGGUAUCUGCCCGAGCCAAGCGCGAGAGAGUCGCCCAGCGCACGCUACAGCAAAUGGCAACUUCUGCAGUGAGGAGUUUGAGCAGUGUGCCGGAGGCGACCUCAGAUUCAGACGAUGAAGACAAACUGCACAUUGUAGAGGAGGACAGUAUUGCUGACGAUCCGGACCAAAAGUCCUCAGUAUUUCAGCUCAAAGCAGCACGGAAGCUCUCCGAUACAUGCACACAGGACGAUGGCAGCCUGGGGCCAGAUGCUUUAAUACAAGAAAUAAGUGUCAAAGAGGAGUGUGUCACUGAUGAGGAAGAUGGUGCUGACGAUGAAGUGGCCGGUGAGGAAAAGCAGACGGAAACCGAGCAUAUUUACUCAGACGACCCAGAGGAACAUCAGAGAACGCCAGAGCGAGGGGUUCACGAUGAGAACGGUACUCCUGACACAUUCUCGCAGCUGCACACCUGUCCGCACUGUUCCCGCGAUUACAAGCGUCACACGUCGCUGAAGGAUCACAUUAAACUACGCCAUGAAAAGAACGAGGACAACUACUGCUGCUCCCUCUGUAGCUACACCUUCACCUACCGCACGCAGCUCGUCCGUCACAUGACCUCACACACACACAUCCGGGAGCAGCGGACUACUUCUCAGUCAGGCGGAAACAGAAAGUUCAAGUGUACAGAAUGCUCCAAGGCCUUCAAAUACAAACAUCACCUGAAGGAGCACCUACGCAUACACAGUGGUGAGAAGCCGUAUGAGUGCUCUAACUGUCGGAAGCGUUUCUCACACUCGGGGUCCUACAGCUCUCACAUUAGCAGUAAGAAGUGUGCGAGCGCGACCCCUGUGGUCAACGGCCUGCCUCGCACACCUGGAGUGAAAACGGCUCUUACCGUUUCUCACCCUACACAUAUCCUUCUGAGGGAGAAGGUGGACAUAACCAACAAACCUCUGCAAGAGCAACUCCCCCUGAAACAGAUCAAACAGGAGCCUAUCGAACAGCAACCCAAACCUGCACCAGCAACACCCACAAUAGCCUCCACCACUACCAAUGGAGUCCCGCCUCCACAAGGCAUCAUCCAGACGUUGGUCCUGCCCACUGUCGGGCUUGUCCAGCCAAUCAGUAUUAACUUAAGUGACUUACAAAAUGCGCUGAACGCAGCGAUGGAUGGUAAUGUCAUCAGACAGGUGUUGACUAGCACCAAUGCAAACGGAACGAGCGCUAAAAUCGUAGGUCAAGUGUCAGCGCAGCCGCAAGCCAUCAUGUUGCAGCAGCAGCCGCAGCAAACGCAACCACAGGUGAUCUCCGCCAUCUCUUUGCCCGUUGUGGGACAAGACGGAAAUGCCAAAAUUUUCAUCAAUUACAACCCCCAGCUGGACUCACAACUCAAAGCAGUAAAAGUGAACACAACGCAGCCCACAGUGACGCAAACCAAUAUAGCGCAGGCAAAAUCGACCAAUGUUGCACAGCCAAACGUGGUGCAGCUUCAGUCAGUACAGUCCAACUCGACCGAAACACAAAUAUCAGGGACACCUAGACCUACACAGGUAAACAUCAUUAAACCAUUCCAAACCGGAAACCUCAGCAAACCGCCGUCUAUCAUCAAGAUAACGCCUGCGCAGGCCGCCAGGUUGGUUCAAGCUCGGGCCGCACAACCAAAGCUCACCCAGCAAACUUUACUGCUGGUGAGAAGGGCUGAUGGGACACAGAGCCUCGUCGUUCGACAAAUACCUGUCCCUAGUUCCAACAUACAGAGCACUGAGACUAAAUCAACUCCAGAGAAGACUACAAACACUCCAACAGCAGAGAAGGAGACAACGGAAAAUACAGGUUCGAUGGAGGAUAGAUGUGAAAAACAAAACCUGAACGCACCACCAAAAAUCAUAAUCAAAACCGAACCGGCCUCUCCGUCCGAGAUCAAGGCCGAAAUGCAGAGUGAAGAUGAGAACGAGAUGCAAACAGAUAAAAAUAAAGAAGGGAAACAAACAACAGCAACAACUGAGGCAGUGGCACACUCUGGAACGGUUCACAGCGGAGUCACCUGUGGAGAUAACUUCCAUAACUACGCAACAUGUCUGCUUUGCGACAGCUCCUCGAGUAAACGUAAACCUUCAGACUGUGAAGACAGUGACGCCAAAGCGUCGCCCACAACUAUAUCUCUCACUUCUCUACUGGAUAAGGAUAAGAGUGGAGCAGCGGAACGCCUCCUUCCUCUUCUGAAGGCCUACAGUCAGAACCAAGAUCCUAGUGAGGAGCAGCUGUCUCAGGUGGCCAAGACAGUCAAGUUACCUCUUGAGGCGGUCAGCAAGUGGUACCAGAAGAUGCGCUCCAAGAAGAUAUUGCUCAAGACUGCAGGCAACCUGAAAAACAAUCAAGAGAAAACUACACCACCUGCUGCACCUGAAGGAACGAGCUCCACCCAAGCCACCUGCAGUCCCACACAACCCCCUGACGACACCUCAGCAGACACCCAAAGUGAAAGCGCCACUUCACCCGCCUCCCCUCCAACCGGUGUCUCCACCAAUGAUCUCAUCAUUGUCAAGACAGAAGACGUAGAGGAGGAGCUGCAGUGUGAGCCUCUGGAUCUCUCGCUCCCCAAGUCCAGCUCCGCUCAAGCCAGCACCACCACUAAGCUGCCGGUCUCUACCCAAAAGGAACCGCUCAACCUCACCUGCCUUAAGAAGCAACUGUUGCCAGGGAACACCAUCUAUGUGACGCAGGCUGGCACGGGUCCAUUAAACAUUGUGACCGCGUCACUGCCAACACUGGUUGCUAUAGCAGAGCCAGGUGGUAUUCCAUGCAUCAGCACAGCAAUAUCCGGUAACAAACGAACCAUCCUCAUCCCUCAGCUCACCUACACCUACACCACCAACCCCAGUGUCACAACACCCGACAAAUCUUUGACAGACACAAAUGGGAAGGUGAUACUCAACAACUGUCCGAAGGUGCCGGACACGGCUUCAGACUGUGUGUCAGAGGACCAGAAUGAUGAAGAGUCAUCUCUAAUGAAGAAGAAAAGGAAAACUGUCGGUGGCCUGUACGCCUGCGAUCUGUGUGACAAAAUCUUCCAGAAGAGCAGCUCACUGCUGCGACACAAGUAUGAACACACAGGUAAGCGACCUCACGAGUGCGGCAUCUGUAAUAAAGCUUUCAAACACAAGCACCACCUGAUCGAGCACACCCGACUACACUCCGGAGAGAAGCCCUACCAGUGUGACAAGUGUGGGAAACGCUUCUCUCACUCGGGCUCUUAUUCUCAGCACAUGAACCACAGAUACUCCUACUGCAAGAGAGACACUCAUGAGCUGCCGGAGCAGGUCAGCACCUCCACUCCUCCCUCUCAGCUCGACUCGGACGAGAGAGAGAGCGACGGAGAGGAGGAAGAGGAUUUGAUCGCUCUGGACAUGAGCGAUAUCAGAGUGGUGCGAGUGGGAGAGGAUUACGAAGAUGAGGAGGAGAGUGGCGGAGAGGAAGAGCAGGACCGAGGACUUGAGGAGCAAGAGACUGAGGAAGAAGGAAUGGUGAUGGAAGUGGAGAUCGGAGAUGCUGACACUUUGGAGGAGGAAACUGUGGAAGCUGAAGAUGCUAUGGAGACGGAGGAAUCAAAGGAGGAAGACACAGUUCUCACAAAUAAUGAAGAAAAUACAGAGAUGGCAACCGAGGACUGAAGGAUGAACACUCUUUUUACAGUCACUCAUGUGAGACUAAUGAAAGAGGUGAUGAGCUCUUCAUCGUAAACGUACAGUCGUCGGUUGCAACAGAAACUGUCUCAGUUCUUUACGGUGUAUAAAACCCAGGUGUGCCUGAUAUACAAAACAAUAUCUCCUUGUUUUUUUAAGAAGGAGAAACCAGACACUCCAACUCAACUAGACUUCGUAGGACUUUAAAGUUUCAGUUGUUUGGCUUUGUUCCGUUACUUAACCACCCCCAGUAUCUCGAUUUAUCAGUGUUCACGUGUUUUUGUUGCUCUGUACAGUCAGAUUUCUAUACUUUUAUAUUUGCCAAUGAAGUUUACGAAAAUCAGUAUUUUAAAGUUUUGAGAAACAAAACUAAAUUCUGCACUGCAGGUAUAACUGGUUUACUUAUGGGGGGGGGGGGGUUCUCAUGAAAACUGUCAAGAAGGGUCAUAUUUCACUUGAAAAAUCAGAAGAAAAAAAUUUUUAUAUUUUGCAUGAAGACAAUGAAGGCUAUUUUUAAGACCAUCACAUACAUUUUAAAAAAAUACUUUAAAACAGUUGUAAAUAUACAUUGAUUUUAAUUUAUACCAUAAAGUUUAAUUCAUGCUGAAAAAAAUAAGCAACUUUUUGUGUCCAGACAGAAUGGUUUUCAUUACUGGAUUACAGUAUUUUUAAUAACAUCACAGUAAUGAAAACUCAUUAAUAUGCUUAAAUGUCCAAAUCCAAUGAAAAAUGCUCUUUUUUAAAUUUGACUCUUUUCUUGAUGCAAAAUAUAAUUUUUAACUUAAAUUUUUGGGGUGAAAUAUGACCUGGACAUUUCUUUUGAAAUUAACCACAGAUACUUAAUGCCUCAAGUUUAAGAUACCAUUGAGUAUUUUUGUCAUGUUAAUCAGGCAAGUCGUUGUUUGCAUUGCCUCGUUUUCCCUUCUGAUUGUUUAUCUGCCUAAUGAAGGAAAUUAAAUUGCACUUCACUAUUAAUAGCUCAUUUACAUAAAAAUAAGAAAAAAAUUAUUAUGGAAAUAUUCAUAGGAAUGCUUAUUUUCAUUUUAAAACUGGUCACUUGUAAUGAAAUACUCAACUGAAUAAUAAUUCAAAUCAGAUUUGAAUUUGAUUUAAAAAUGUUUUGUAAUAAGCACUUCAAAAUAUUUGUAACUGUAAAAAAAAAAA